AUGCGGCAGUCGACUAGGUCGAGCAGCAUGAUACGCUCGCUUCCCUUUUCUACUGCUGAUUUUAACAUGCCUGUCGUGCUGAAUGUUGGUGGAACCAGAUUCGAGACAUCACUUGAGACAUUGAAGAAGAACCCGGGUCCUCGAGACAGGAGUAUGCUAGCGAAUCUGAAUUAUGUGGAAGGCGAGGAAAUGUUUAUAGACAGGGAUCCUGCGCAUUUUGUCGUGAUUCUAAACUACCUUCGCGAUGGCAGCGUGAGCAUUGACGAAGAUGAAUGCACGCUUGCUGAAAUAAAGCGUGAGGCUCAGUUUUACGGACUUGAAGACCUUGUGCAGCACAUCGAGGGCCUGAUUUCUCGUGCGCUCCUAGCCAGUGUCCCGUUUGAUUUUUUGAGGAAUCUCACGCCUGGUGACGCCUUCGCGAUCCGCAGGAAUUAUCCUUGA